AUAAUUAAGACACACAAUUGACUAAAGGGGAGUUUGACCGCAAUUGAUUUGAAGAUAAACCAUGGUAAAAUUUCUGAAGGUGAGUAUUAGUUUCAAAUUUGUAUUAUCAUUAAAACUGUGUUUGAUUACCGCUGUUUGAAAAACUCACGGUAAAUACUCUUCAGCAUCAACCAAAGUUAGCAACAGUCUGACGCAGGUGCAGCAUGCAACUUAGGGUUUGUUUUGUGUGAGAACAUGGCGGAAGGCAGUGACAGUGCUCUGGAGAUUUUUCAGCCUCCUAAGAGGACCAAAUCUGAAGUGUGGUUGUAUUUAGGGUUUUACAAGAGUACUGAGGAAAACUUAAUUGAAGGUGGUCACCCUGUCUGCAGAACAUGCAACAAAAAAUUUGCUGCGAAAGGGGGCAACACUUCAAAUCUCUUGAGUCAUCUUCGUGACCACCACCCACUACUUUAUAGCGAAUGCAAGAGUGGGCGUGCAGCAGGCAAGCCCAGUGGUGCUACUGGUCCCUCAUCUACAGUUGUGACACAGGCACUCAAGCAUUUAACAGUGCCUCAUGAUCUGAGUCCCAAGGAGAAACAGGAGUUGGAGAGCAUACGCCGCAGGAAACAAGAACUACUGCAGGACAUACAGAGGCUGAAGGAUGAGAUAGAAGAGGUGACGAAUGAAAUUGACAACCUGGGCAUUACCAAAGAGAGAAAAAGCAUGCAGAGAAACAAGCAGGUGUCCAUGGGCCGUAAGAAGUUCAACAUGGACCCCAAGAAGGGGAUCCGGUUUUUGAUUGACAGCGGUCUGCUGAAGAACACCAGCAAUGACAUCGCCCAGUUUCUCUAUAAAGGGGAGGGGCUUAACAAGACCGCCAUCGGAGACUAUCUGGGGGAGAGAAAUGACUUCAAUCUUGAGGUUCUACAUGCCUUCGUGGAGCUGCAUGAAUUCACAGACCUCAACCUGGUCCAGGCCCUCAGGCAGUUCCUUUGGAGUUUCCGGUUGCCAGGCGAAGCUCAGAAGAUCGACAGGAUGAUGGAGGCUUUUGCCCAGAGAUACUGUCACUGUAACCCUGGGGUCUUCCAGCACAGCGAUACGUGUUAUGUGUUGUCGUUUGCUGUGAUCAUGCUGAACACCAGUCUCCAUAACCCCAAUGUGAAGGACAAACCCUCCCACCAGAGAUUCAGCGCCAUGAACAGAGGAAUCAACGAUGGAGGUGACCUGCCUGAGGACCUACUCAGGAACCUGUAUGAGGGUAUAAAGAACGAGCCCUUUAAAAUUCCAGAGGAUGAUGGGAAUGACCUCACACACACUUUCUUCAACCCUGACCGGGAGGGCUGGCUACUCAAACGAGGAGGGCGUGUGAAGACAUGGAAGAGACGAUGGUUCAUCCUCACAGACAACUGCCUGUACUACUUUGAGUACACUACUGAUAAGGAGCCUAGGGGUAUCAUCCCUCUGGAGAAUCUGAGUAUUAGAGAGGUGGACGACUCCAAGAAACCAAACUGUUUUGAGCUGUUCAUCCCUGACCACAGGGAUCAGGUGAUCAAGGCAUGUAAGACCGAGGCGGACGGACGUGUUGUCGAGGGCAACCACACUUUCUAUCGAAUCUCCGCCCCCACAGCCGAGGAAAAGGAGGAGUGGAUCACCAGCAUAAAAAAUGCCAUCAGCAGGGACCCCUUCUACGAGAUGCUGGCAGCCCGGAAGAAGAAGGUGUCUGCCCUGACAAGUCUGUAGAAAAGACCCAGGCUCCAGCACUUCAGCAGGAGGAGCAGGCCUCACUCUAUUCUACAGCCCAGUGUUUGUGCCCAUGGACCUGAACUAAAGGACCUAUGGAACUGUAUACACAAGAAAGCAGAAGAUCCCCCAAGCCUGUUGGAAGUCUAGGUGGACGCUGUCAUCAUAUUGAUCUUGUUUUCAUCAGAUUCAUAAACAUUGGAGGGGAAGGAUUAUGAAGGGGCACAGGGUUGGGACAGGAAUGCAGAGAGGAUUAAUGUCCCUUUUCAGCGCCCUCUACAGGAAGUUAAAUAAUGCAAUAUUAUGCUUUGAUAAAAAUUAACAGAGAAAGGCAACAUGAACCUAUUUUUACACAAACCUCUUUUUCUGAGGGUUCUUGUCAUAGUGCUGUUGUAACUACAUACAAUUUCUUUCUGAAUGGUUCUCAUAACAAACCACCACUGUUUCUCCUCUCUCUCUGUCUCUCUGUAUGUGUUUCUCUCGCUGUCUCUCUCUCUCUGUCUCUGUUUCUCUCUUUCUUUGGUUCCAUGUUUGUUUAAAUGUGUCCAGGUAAUUGAUAGGAAUUGCCAGGGACUGACCUCACGAUGCAAUAUCACGCUACUUAGGUGCCGAUGCGAUUCUCACGAUUCUAUAUGUAUUGAGAUUCGAUACUGUGAUUUUGCAAUUUGAUAUUCCAAACAUAUUUCUCAGGAUAUGUCUGCUGCAGAGGGACAAGAGAGCCAUGAGAUAAUGAGUUUUGAUCAGUCAUGGAAAUGAAAGUGAUGAAAACAAAUUGGCUCCCCAUUUCAAAAUAAGAUGGAGAACAAGCUAUAAAGGAGUUUUGGUGCAGGUUAAGCCAACUAGCGCAACAGUAAUAUUGCCAUAUUGUCAAAACGAUAUGAUACAUCAUCAAAAUUAAUAUCCCGAUAUGUAACCGUACCGAUUUUAUUGCCGCAUCACUAGUAAUUGGGCUGUCAGUGAGUCAGGGUUUGAGAAAUGGGAGCUGAGUUGGGAAGUUGCAAAAAACUGUCUCUGCCCAAAGCCUUUCUCUGCCAUCCCUCUGUUACUGCAACUGCACAGUCACGUGGAAGGAGGAGGAAGAAAUGAGGGUGAGAGGUAGACAAAGGAUCAAAACAUAUCACUUUGUUUCGGGUUGAACUAUUCAGUCUUUUAUUCUGAUAUUGUGACAAUUAAAAGUACUUUGUAGAAGCAGCAAUAUGUUUGCAGAGAAAGGAUUUGUUUAAUAAAUAAAAGACCUAAGGUCUAAGACCUUAUUACAGUGUUAUACAGUUGUGUGCUGUCUGUUACAAAUGUGUUAUAAGAGAUGCAUUUCUGUCAUAUCAAUGUGCUCUUUGGAGGGCUGUGAUUUCAGUUUUUAUAAUGGCAAAUAAAUUAAUCGACAAUGGUUUUGUUCUCAAUGUACUGAUUAUGAAAUGCAAGUCAAGCUUGAAUUAUAGGUUUAUUUACCUAUAAUGCACAUCAUUUAUUGUUUGUUUUGUAUCAUAAAGGUUUGUGCUGUAUGCCAUCAUGUGUUUGUUCAUUUGAUUUCAGAUUACCAAAAAUAAAUCUCCAAUGCUCA